AUGACGAGCACUACUGUAGGCGACGCGCUAGACGGACGCAAGCGCAGCGCUGUCGAGAUGGCUGCAACCGAUGUUCCUUCCGAUGAUCGUCCAUGCAACAAGCGAGCCAGAAUGAACGACAGUGCUCCAUCCAACAAGCGAGUUGUGAGAUACCUGGAAGACGAUAUCAUCCAGGAAGAAACCGAUGAAGAGGCAGAGAGAUUUGCUCGACAAUGCAUCGCAGAUCUGGAAGAAGUUGAGUGGCAGCAUUUGCGUGCCUCAUAUCAAGAGCGAAAGAGACAUCAUCGGGAACAACGCAACAUGUGGUAUGAAGAAGAUCAUCUGGAUCAAGACCGUUCAUUGGAAAAAGAUGGUGAAGAAAUGCCGAAUAGGUUUUCAUUUUUCCACUACAGUGUAAACGACACUGAAGCACUCGAGCGAACCCAGGACGAAAUGUAUGACAACGAAUCUACUGGAAGCGAAGAUGAUUAUAUAAUAUUUGAAGAAGAUCUGGGGCAAGACCGUUCCUUCGACAACGACGACGACGGCGUGGACGUGGAAGACGAAGACGACGAAGUGUGGAGUUUCGAAGGCAUUGGGCGACAGUCCGACCCCAAGUGGGCUGGGCCCUUCAUUGACCUUGCUACGGUGUCUGCUGAAGAAGAGGCAGAAUACGAGGCCUGCAGCUUCCGUGGUGAUGAUAAUAGAUUCAUGCUGAUUGACGCUCCCCAGUCAGAGUCCUUGGACGAUUGGGAACGAUACUAUCGACUGAAAGCAAUUCACAUUGCCAAGUUCAAGUACGACAUUGUAGUGCGUGGAGUUGAACGUCCCUAUGACGAAGAAGAGUUGAAGCACGGUCUAGGCCUGCCACGCACUGAACGAUUAUAUUUUCCCCCAAUUGAUCUAUCGACAGUUACUCCGGAAGAAGAAGAGGAAUACAUGUCGUACGAGUAUACUCCCUACAAACGGCCAAUCAUGCUGAUUUAUGGUACGACUCUUAGUGAUGAGGACCGAUGGGCAAAAAUGGAUAGAAUGGGGGGCAUUCACCGUGCUAAGCAUCUCCAGUACCUGCACGGCGAGGCGUAA